AUGAGGGACAAUUCUGAUAGCACCAAUAAUGAUAUUAAUUCCGUUAAUGAAAUUACUGGUAUUUACUAUAGACAUCCUACCCUUGGAGAAGCUAUAAUUUUAUUGACGAAAACUAAUGAUCCGUUCGAUGACUUUGUUGAGUAUGAAACUUAUGUAGCGGCAACUAUUGGAGGUUCUGAUCUUAAACUGGAUUUAAGGGUUACAAUGGAAAUUCCUUUCACUCAUGAUUGA